CUGACGUAGAACAAUUUAUUUCAUUUACGUGUUUAUACGUUUACGAAAACUAAAUCUGCCCAUGCGUAUUGCUGUGGCUAUGCCACUAAACAAUGUGUACCCGGAAAUAAAUAAUUAGUGCGACUCACAAAUUUACACGUACCUAACAUAGUACCAAUAUUCUCUUAACUUAAUUUGUUUUAGUAAAAAUAUUAGCACCAUGGAUCCCUUUAUAAUUGCGGCAAUUUUGAGUGCAAUAGUUAUAAUAGUUUUAUCUGUUGCCUUUCUUCGAGUAGUUAAAGUCAAACCUCAACCUGGAGGAGCAAGGCCUGUUCCGCAGAGAGAAGGCGGGCCUGGAAGGGUACAAGCGGUCAGGAAUCAAAGGGCGCGCAUGAGAGCUAAUGCUGCCCGGAACCAAGCUGCUCUAGAGGAAGACGAGCCAGCAGUGGCUGAUGAAGAACAUGACGAAGGCCAAGAUGGUCAGAGAGUGGACUUUGAUGAUAAAAUGGGAGCUAAGAAAAGAGCUAAGCUGGAAGCCAAGCUCGAAAAGAAGAAAGCGAGAGAAGCUGAGGAGCAAAUGCGCGAGAUAAAGAAGAAGAAAAAUGAAGAACUUGAAGAGGAGAGAAAGAAGAUUGAGGAAAAGCAAGAGGAGGAGCAGGAGCGAGAGUCGCUGCUCAAGGACUUUGUUGAUCAUAUCAAGUCCCAGAAAGUCGUGUUGCUCGAAGAUCUGGCCGCGCACUUCAGGCUAAAGACCCAAGCCGCCAUAGACCGGAUAACAGACCUGCAGGCGUCCGGCGAACUCACCGGGGUGAUCGACGACAGAGGGAAGUUCAUUUAUAUCUCGCAGAAGGAGCUAGAAGAUGUGGCCAAGUUCAUCAAGCAGAGGGGCAGGGUCUCGAUUACGGAGCUAGCGGAAAGCAGUAAUGACUUGAUCAAUUUGAAUCCUGUGCCACUGUCUACCUGAUUCCAGAGCCAUAAUUUUAAGAGGAUAGGAUAACACACUGUAUAAGGCCAGCCAGUGCACACUGGUUGCGUAUGCGUCUGUGAGAUGUGAAUAUAGCGAUCUCUAAGAGUUCUGAAUGAGUCACGGUUAUUUUCAUAGACCGUGAUUACCUUUUUGAUAUUUGUCAAAAAGGUAAUCACGGUCUAUCUCCUGGUCAAUAUGUCUAAUAGCGAUUUCUAUAAGAGUCUGCAUACUGAUUCUGUAAUGCUUGCACGGUUCAAAAUUUUAGCGCUCGAACGCACACGCAGCCGAUGGUCUUUGGGCUUUAUUGUGUGUUAUCUGCCUAAAAGUUGCAUAGUUGUGUAUUUUUAUGAAUUGUUGAGGGAGCUAAAAAUUAUUUUCAUAUUUUGUUAUACUGUGUACGUACAUAGACCAUAUAAAGAAGACAACAAAGUUCAAAGAAAUAUUUAUUAAAAACUCAUGCACUUA